AUGGACAAUUUUCCACCGGAAGUGCAACAUAUUUUGGCACCCGCCUUCGGCAUUCUUUCGGCCACGCAACUUAAUCAGAUGGCUGAUCGGCUUAUGGAGAUGUACGGUUUUUCCAAGCCGUCUAUUUCAGCACUCUCAACUCCCUCAGCUCCUCCUGCGUCUCCCAUUUCGCAAAUAGAGAUGGAGCUCAACAAGCUGGCCGAUGAUAUAGCCGCUCUCCAGAAGCCCACAGUUUCUGCCUCAUCUCGGAGCCAACCGCAGCCGCCCACCCCACAUGUCCAGUCUUCUCAUUCAGCCAGUCCAAACGCAGCUGCCACCUGCUGGUACAACACCACCUUUGGUGCUAAAGCCCGUCCCUGCAUCUCUCCUUGCUCCUUCACUUUCAAGCAGAAAAAACGGGUAAAACCGGUCAGCCGGAAGGUCAGUGCAAGCAAUCUUUCCGACAGCUCUAACCCUGGUCGCACAUUUUACGUCCGCGACACCCGGAGUGGCAGACGUUUCUUGGUUGACACUGGUGCCCAGCUAAGUGUCAUUCCACCCACACCAGCUGAUCGUCGGUGCCCCAAUCCCGGUCUUUUCCUACAGGCCGUCAACACAUCGCCGAUUACCACAUUUGGCACCUGCUCCCUCUCUCUGGACAUCGGUCUCCGGCGUCUCUUCCCUUGGGUCUUCGUCGUUGCUGAAAUCCCCUGUGCAAUUCUCAGUGCAGAUUUCCUCGCCGCUUUCGAUCUUCUGGUCGACUGCCGUCAGUCACGUCUACACGACAAGACCACCAACCUCACUGUCCGGGGUAUCUCUUCCUCCGACGCCUCCCGUCAUCUUGCCGUCUUGGACCCUGAACCCGAGAAUCCAUUUCGGCAACUCCUCGCCAAAUACCCCGGCCUCACUCGUCCCAACUUCAACGUUUCUAUUCCACCACAUGACGUUGUUCACCACAUUCGGACCACCGGCCCUCCCGUGUUUUCUCGCCCCCGCCGUCUCGCGCCUACACGUCUUGCUGCCGCCAAGGCCGAAAUCGAGCACAUGCUUCAAAUGGGCAUCAUCCGCCAGUCUGAAAGCCCAUGGGCCUCACCCCUCCACAUGGUUCCGAAGGCCGCCACUGGUGACUGGCGUCCCUGCGGUGAUUACAGGACCCUGAAUAACGUUACUGUCCCGGACCGCUACCCUGUCCCACAUCUUCAGGAUUUUGCCGGUGCCCUAUUCGGCAAGUCUGUAUUCUCGAAGAUCGAUCUGGUCCGUGCUUUCCACCAAAUUCCCAUUGCCCCAGAGGACGUUUCGAAGACGGCCGUUACCACCCCCUUUGGCCACUUUGAGUUCCUGCGCAUGCCGUUUGGACUUCGCAACGCCUCCCAGACCUUCCAAAGGUUCGUAGACAGAGUUCUUCGCGGCCUACCAUUUGUCUACGCCUAUAUUGACGACCUUCUGAUAGCCAGCUCCACCGCCGAAGAACACGUGGAGCAUCUGGCAACGGUGUUUGACCGCCUUCAACAAUUUGGCGUUGUUCUCAACUCGUCAAAGUGCGUCCUCGGUGUGCCCUCCCUAGAAUUUCUCGGUCAUCUGGUCGACUCCCACGGCAUUCGGCCUCUUCCCUCAAAGGUUGCCGCCAUUCGGGACUUUCCACCCCCUACCUCGAAGCGUCAGUUGCAACGGUUUCUUGGUAUGGUGAACUUUUAUCGCCGGUUUCUCCCGAGCUGUGCCGAUACCAUCCAACCUCUGACCAAUCUCCUCUCAGGUUCUAAGCGCACCUUUGAACUUACACCAGCAGCACUCACGUCAUUUGAGCAGGUAAAAGCCCUUCUGGCUGACGCCACCAUCCUGACUCACUUUCACGCUGAUGCACCCAUAUCUUUGAUGGUCGAUGCCUCCAAUGUUGCUGUUGGCGCGGUUCUUCAACAAAGUCUGCCGGAUUCUACCGUGCCUUUGGCUUUCUUCUCCAAGAAACUAUCCAAAGCCGAAACCCGCUACAGCACAUUCGGACGUGAACUUCUCGCCGCUUAUCUUGCCGUAAGGCACUUCCGGCAUUUACUCGAAGGUCGAGAGUUCACAAUUUUCACUGAUCAUAAGCCACUCACGUUUGCAAUACAUUCCCACUCUGACAAGCUAAGCCUCCGGGAGAUCCGUCACCUGGACUACAUUUCGCAGUUCACUUCAGACAUCCGCCAUAUUGACGGGUCACGGAAUGAGGUGGCUGACGCACUCUCAAGGCCCUCUAUUGCUCAUCUUCAGCUUUCACCCGGGAUAGACCUCACUGAGAUGGCCGCUCAACAACGCCGUGUCGGUCCACCCUGUGAUGAGGAUGUUUCCGGACUCCAACUUCAGGAACUACCACUGACGACUGGCAACGGCACCAUUUUAUGCGACGUAUCCACCCCUUCCCAUCGUCCAUUUGUGCCACCAUCUCUCCGCCGCAAAGUUUUCUCCUCCCUGCACAAUCUCUCUCACCCUGGGAGUCGAGCAACCGACAAGCUGGUUUCCGACCGCUUCGUCUGGCCUGGAAUGCACAAGGACCUGAAAGCAUGGACACGGGCGUGUCUCGGCUGUCAACGGAAUAAGGUCCGACGGCACAACAAAACUCCCAUUGGCACCUUCCCUACUCCGGACGCACGAUUCAGUCAUAUCCACCUGGACAUCGUAGGCCCCCUGCCUCUGUCCAAUGGCUACUCCUAUCUCCUUACCUGCGUGGAUCGAUUCACCCGGUGGCCGGAAGCUAUUCCACUGCCUGAUGUCGCAGCUCCAACGGUCGUCAAGGCUUUCCUCAGUCGUUGGGUUGCCAUUUUCGGUGCUCCCUCCAUUAUCACGACUGACCGUGGGGCCCAAUUUGAAUCCCACCUCUUCCAGUCUUUACUCUCCUUUUUAGGCUGUACUCGCAUCCGCACUACAGCCUAUUAUCCGGCAGCCAACGGGAUGGUCGAGCGGUUUCACCGUCAGCUGAAGGCCUCCCUACGCGCCGCAGACGAUCCGGAGAACUGGACAGACCACCUCCCCCUAGUCCUCUUGGGCAUCCGCUCCGCUCUGAAGCCGGACCUUGACUGUUCCGCAGCUGAACUGGUGUUCGGCGCCACCGUCCGACUCCCCGGUGAGAUGAUCUCGCCAACCCCACAAGGUGCGGUUGAGGAUCCUACCAACCUCCUGCAUCGCCUCCGGCAGUUUAUGCGGACACUUUCUCCGGUUCCUCCCAGGUCCUCCGCCUCUCCGUCUUAUCUCGAGAAGGACUUGGCAACGUGCUCUCACGUCUAUCUCCGAUGUGAUCGAGUUCGCCGGCCCCGGGAACCACCCUACGAUGGCCCCUUCCGAGUUAUCUCUCGUGGGACGAAGAACUUCCGCAUCCAACGCGGCACUCGCGAGGAGGUCGUGAGCCUGGACCGUCUCAAAGCUGCCGUUCCGGACACUCCUCCGGAUGAGCCCUGUGGUUCCCUACACCCUGCUCCGCCUCCCCGACCCUCUAUCCCUCCGUCCCGUAUACUUCCUCUGCCCUCAUGUCCACAACUCCCAACUGCAACUACUCCUUCAUCAACAAACAACACUGUAACCGCGGGCCAUACUCACUCUCGCGUCUCCUUGCCUUCCGCCUUUGUCACGCUGCUGUCCUGUCCGCCUCACACUCCGUGUCGAUACGCUUCUGGGACGCGCGAGUGCUCAAAGCCAAUCAACGCUGUCCCAACUCUGAUUGGCUGGCGGACGUGGAGACAACAAAGGGCGCACACGCGCAGACACAACACCUCGAGGGCGGACGCAGACAACAACUUGCUCGGAGCGCGCUUGCGGCGACUGCCCACACAGCCUUUGUGUACACGCUUUCCAAGCAGUAAAGUUUGUCCAACUCAAACCGUCUUCCCUGACUUUUGA